AUGCCUGGCGCUGAUGGCGCCUACGAAGCUAAGGUGACCAUUAUGAACGAGGCAAUUCUCGAUAUUGGUAUGGGCCCAUUUCAGUGGAAGAUAUUUGCCACCACAGGCUUUGGCUGGUUUGUGGACAAUUUUUGGUUGCAAGCUAUCACCAUCAUUUCUCCGCCUGUUAAGCGCGAGUUCGGUGUCAAGCGUAUCGCCUUCCUGACCGUAGCCAAGUACGCUGGCCUCGUAGUGGGAUCAACUCUUUGGCCGAUGACUGCCGAUUUCAUCGGCCGCCGUCCUGCUUUCAACAUCACUUUGGCUAUAUCUUCCAUGGCGGCGCUGGUUGGUGCAGGAGCUCCCAACUUUGUCGCCAUUGCAGCUUGCUGUGCUUUCAUUGGGUUCGGCACCGGAGGUAACCAACCCGUGGACAGCGCUAUCUUCCUCGAGUUUAUCCCAGCCACCCACCAGAAUCUCCUGACUGUGCAAUCCGCAUUCUUGUCUCUUGGUCAGGCUAUCGCAGCUCUUAUUGCUUGGCCUCUGAUUGCGAACCAUAGCUGCCCGGAAACGGGCCCAUGCAGUUUUCAGACAAACCUUGGUUGGCGUUAUGUCUAUUGGACUUUCGGCGCCAUCACACUGACUCUGUUCCUUUUGCGAUUUCUCUUUCGCAUCUACGAAACACCCAAGUACCUCCUUGGGCAAGGCAAAGAUGAAGCAGCUGUAAAUGUUAUUCAUCAGGUUGCAGCUCGAGAUGGAAGGACGACAUGGCUAAGUUUAGAUCCUUUUGAAAGGGUGGACGCUCGCCUCGCACAAUCCACUACAAUUGGAACCACUACAACCGCCAGUACCGCUCUGAAUACCUCAGCAAUAGACAUUGUCAGGCGCACUCUGAGCAAGUUCACAUUCGCAAAAAUAUCUGCCCUCUUCUCGACUCCGCGGAUGGCUUGGUCAACCAGUUUAAUGUUGCUCUUGUGGAUGUCGAUAGGCAUGGCCUACCCACUCUACAACUCAUUCAUUCCUAUCUACCUCGAGAACCGCGGUGUGAAAUCUGGAGCCUCAAGCGUUAAUAUUGUCUACAGGAAUUAUGCCAUUCAAGCAGUGUGCGGCAUUCCAGCAUCUGUGCUGGGAGGCUAUACUGUGAAUCUCAAAAGGGUUGGCCGCAAAGGGACCGGGUCUCUCGCCUGUAUCUGUACGGGGCUCUUCCUCUUCUUAUUCACUCGGGCUAGUACCCCCGCAGCGGUCCUAGGGUUUAGCUGCGCAGUUGCAUUCUUUCAGAACCUGGUGUAUGGAUUGUUGUACAGCUAUACUCCAGAACUGUUUCCAGCUCCUAUAAGAGGUACAGGGAACGGGCUGGUCAUGUUGUGCAAUCGCCUUAGCGGUUUGAUGGCGCCAAUUAUUGCGGCAUAUAUUGGCAUCGAGACGAGCACACCAAUGUGGAUCUCCGCAGCUCUCUUUGUCGCGGCUGGUGUGAUCUUUUUGGUGCUCCCCUAUGAGACCAGGGGUAAGUCCGCAUCUUAG